GUUACGUUGUCUCCAUCGUCAUUUGCCACCAUUAGAAAUUUUGAACUUGCACUCUUCUCUCCCAUCCCCGAUGGCGUAAAACCUACCUCUCUCUCUCUCUCGUCUUCUUCACCCCAUCAGAAUCAUCUCUCGAACCACAGUGUUUCGCCGCCUCAACUUCGUCUUCUCUCUCUUUCACUCUCCUUCUUUCCCUGCUCUGGUCGAUCGGUUCGAGCUCAGAUGGAGAGCUCAGCUGGUGAGCACCCGCGCGCGGGGGAAUCCGCCUCGGAAUCUCCCGAUGAUCCCCAGGUUGAGAAUGCAGUACGAGCUGUGGAGGCGAGCGAUGCUCGAUCCCAUCUCGCUUUGCUCUGUCUUUGAGCAGUUUUAGUCGCUGUUGCGGAAAAAAAAGGGUCGAGCAUGAGGAGGAAUAUUGGAUGGUUCUCUCGGCAUGCGUCGGUCGCGCGUGAUUUGUCCGCUGAGAAUGUGUGCCAUGAGAUCGAAACAGAUGAACAGAUCGAUUCAGUUCAACAGUCCCGGCGGCCGAAUCUGUCGUCCCUGCAAAUACCUGAGAGGUCUCUGGAAAGCACCAUCUCCACUUUUGUGGGAAUCGAUAUCCCUUCGACAUCAAGUCCUAGUUCUAGCAGAGUCGGGCUGCCCCCAAGACCCAAUUCCGCCAGGUUCAAAACAUCUGUAAGGAAUGUGCUUCCUCAGAGGAGUCUCCGGGCAAAAGAAAUCUCCCAGGAUGUUGAGAAGGCGGUUCUCCUUGUCCUGGACGCUCCACUGUCUGAUGGUCGUCCUAAUAGGCCUAAUGCUCCGAGAUCAUUUUCCCUCAAAGAAGUCUUUUCUCCUUCCCCAGGGAAAUCCGCACAUUCUGUACCAGCUACCCCACUAAUCAAAAUGGGUCCUGAAAGUGCAAAAGAAAGGCCAGUUGAUGGUCCUCAUCAAUCUAAACCAGAAGUUCAUCACCAAAUGACACGAUCCUUCUCAGUUCCAGUUAAUGUCAACACUAGAAGUCUGAAAAGGAUAAACUCGGGGGGCCUCAUCCGUGUAAUUCCGGCCACACCUCGCCCUGAAGUGGUAGAUCCUGCCUCACCAAAUGAUGCUUCUUCAGAAUAUAUUGCUAAUGAAGAUACUGGUGAAGAUAUUCCAGAAGAGGAAGCAGUUUGCAGGAUUUGCUUGGUCGAGCUUAGUGAAGGAGGAGAUACUCUAAAAAUGGAGUGCAGCUGCAAAGGGGAGCUCGCACUUGCUCAUCAAGAGUGUGCAGUGAAGUGGUUCAGCAUAAAAGGGAACAAGACUUGUGAUGUUUGCAAGCAAGAUGUUCGGAACUUACCAGUUACAUUAUUGAAGAUACAUAAUCCUCAGGGUGUAAUCAGACGGCCACCGAAUGUACAGCCACCAAGGGUGGUAACUCGUUACAGGGUCUGGCAGGAUGUACCAGUCCUAGUCAUGGUCAGCAUGCUCGCAUACUUUUGCUUUUUGGAGCAACUUCUGGUAGCAGAUAUGGGACCUAGAGCUCUAGCCAUAUCGCUGCCCUUCUCGUGUGUUCUAGGCCUUCUUUCAUCUAUGAUUGCUUCCACCAUGGUGAGCAGGAGUUAUAUCUGGGCAUAUGCUUCCUUUCAGUUUGCCAUUGUGAUCCUUUUUGCUCAUAUCUUCUAUAAUGUGCUUAGUGUGAACGCCAUUCUGUCGGUCCUCCUAUCCUCAUUCACGGGUUUCGGGAUUGCAAUUAGUACUAACUCCCUCCUUGUGGAGUACCUUAAAUGGAGAAUGAGCAGGCAAUUAAGACCUCGUCCUAAUAAUCCAAACAGAAGAAUGCAGGAGCGGCACCAUUUGCACCCUCAGCAGCAUGAAGCACGCCACCAACAACAUCUAGAGCAUUCGCAAUGGCAUAAUCACCACAUCCAUCAGCAGCAAGAUCGUCAAAACCCGCACCACCACCAACUUCAACUGACAGAAGAACCGAGUGUAGUUCCAAUCGAUAGAUCCAAUCAGCAAGAAACGAGGAUUCAGCAGAGCUCAUAAGUCCCUAUCACUGGGUCGAUUGUUGGUUUUCCUCAGGGGGUAGAGUUGCCCAACGUCUUCAAACUGCUAAUGCUCAAAUUAUUUCACUGUUACUCGAGAAAUGGGUGCACAUAAUUGCCUAUGAA